AUGUCGCUCUGGAUUCGUCAAUGGAUGGACUUAGUGGGAUUGACGUUGGCAGAACAUAAGACGGAGGCUGUACUGAUCACAAGCCAACAGAAUGUUGAAACCAUCACGCUGCAUGUCGGGAAUUAUGAAAUCACGUCCCAACCAUCGCUACGGUACCUGCAAGUGAUGAUUGAUACCCGGCUUAGCUUCAAGCAGCAAGUGGAGUACGUCGGCGCUAAGGCGUCUGGAGUUGGGACCGUCCUUUCAUGGCUCAUGCCGUACAUUGGAGGGCCAAAGCAGAAGAGAAGAACGUUGCUGUCAUCAGUUGUCAUGUCGGUCCUCAUAUAUGGCAUUUCCAUUUGGGCUCACGUACUCUUGAUCCAGUACGCGCGACGGAAGGUGGCGUCGGUCAAUCGAUUGAGCGCCCUUGGAGUUGCCAGCGCAUUUUGCAGGGUAUCAGAAGAUGCCGUGUGUGUCAUCGCCGGGAUGCUCCCGAUAGGAAUACUUGCCGAGGAACGACGAUGUCUUUACCUGCGGAAAAGGUUAACAACACAGAGUGCAGCUGAGCUGAGGACGGACGAGAGGGACAAGAGUCUGCAUCGAUGGCAGUUGCUGUGA